UCGGACCCUACCUUAUUAUUACGGUCGAGUUGGGACCUCCCGGCCCAAACCCGAUUUAGGUUCUACAAAGCCGGCUCAAUUGGGUCCAUCGAUCGGGUUGGGCGAGGGACGUUUGGGUUUAACGAACCCAAUCUCCAUCCAUGGUCCCACAUCUGAAUAAGCUCGGAUUGUAUAUUGACGAUCCGACUCGAUCCGAUCCGUUAACAGUUUUUGAUAUAAUCAUAAACCUCGAUCGAGACUCUUCCCGGAAAGGACUGCGAUCGCCAGAGCUCGCCCUUUCUCCUCGAGAACUCGGUCCUGAUCGUUUCCAGCAUGACGGAGUAUUGGGUUAGUCAAGGAAAAAAAUGGUGUGAUUUCUGCAAGACCUAUAUUGCAAACAACCCUUUGAGCAUCAGAACUCAUGAACUUGGUCAGCGCCACAAGGACAAUGUUGCUAAGAGGCUUGCUACUAUGAGAAAGGAGAGCAGUGCCAGGGAGAAGGAACAAAAAGAAGCAGCACGUGCCCUAAAGGAAAUAGUAGCAAAAGCAAAAAAGAGCUACCAGAAUGAUUUGGCUUCUUUCCAGAGAGUUGAUACUAGUGAUGGACUGCAAUCUAAUAAGACAAUUACAGAUGAAGCCCUGUGUUCAGCUGCAACUAGAAAUGAAGCUGGAGCUCCAGGGUUGGUUAUCUCAACACCUUUGAACCCCAUGAGAGCUGUUAAGGGUGCACAAUCUUCAGUGACUGUUAAAAGGAGAAAAAUGGAUGAUGAAAAAGCGAAGGUGAUAUCUAAAGAGGAAGCGGAGGCUCUGAAGGCAAUGGAGGCUGCAACGAAAAGAAUGGAAGAAAGUCAUACUGAUAUUUCUUUUGUGAAGCAAAACCACUUCAUUUAUUGUAUCGAAUGGUAUGUAACCUUGUGCUUGUUUGACUGGGCAUCAAAUGAGAGAACAACCACUUCACAGUACAAUCCAUGCCAUGUUAUUUGUUCCUGUCUUGUUCUUAUCAGUCACAUGAAGCUGGCAGUCCAAGAAUUCUGCAUCUCACCACAAUCCGCGGUGCCGCAUUCUAAAUCGCGUUCAUAUGUUUGGACUCUGUUCAAAGCCAGCAUGGCGUUGCUACUGUUCCAACCGCUCUCUCUGUCCCCGAGGGAGGUCGUCAAAGAAAUCCGCUGAGCAUUUCAUCAUACAGCUUGCAGGCAGGCACCCCGAAAGAUAACCCUAUCACCCUGCAACACCACGAGCAGAAUCGAGGUGGAAGACGACGUGGUGCUCCGCCUUUCUCGAUCGAUUUGCUUGUUUUUUAGUGUCUUCUAUUGUGCCGACCACCCACAUGUGGAGCUUUGACACGCCCACCAUUUUAGGCCACCCAACUUGCUGGUGGAGUUAACCCCCAUCACUCCUAAGCUUGAUUGGAGAUUGUGAUCGACAACAACAUCUAAGAAUACAGACAGUGCAAUAUACUUUCCACAGGUAAUAAUAGUCUAUUUUCCAGUACUAUAGGUUCAAGCGACUCACGAUAAGCCUAAUAAAUAACGCUGUGGACUUUGGGUACCUCUUUUCUUGCCAUCCACAUCAUAAUAAUUCCUCAUAACAUAGCCACAAACUCUGGUCGUCAGACGGCGUUUUGGUCGUCGGAAUUCGGCUUCAGAAAUCAUCCACCAGAUGGAGAGCAGGUGAUGCAAACACUGUGGACUCGAGUUGCAUCUUCGACCUGCUAUGAUUUCUAUCCAUCUUUUGCUGUCCAUUUCUGUUGCCCAUCGACGAAGUUAACCUUUCAUGAUGCAGUGUAACUUCUGUUGUCCGGCUAUACCCAUUUGCUCUCUUUGUGGUCGGCAACGUCGACAUGGAAAUCACGAUGCUAUUUGAUGCUCUCAUGCGUUUGACCUGUGCGAGCUACAGACCAAAACCUACAGUAGUACUCUUCCUCUGUAAUCAGCGUCCGUUUUCACCGAUCGGAUUGGACUUUCUGUCCAAACCCCGAACGACAGGAG